AUGACUCGGACGUUCGAUAUAGACUAUGUUCUCGCGAACAUUAGCGAUCAGGAUAAGAUUGCGCUGCUCUCUGGGAUUGAUUUCUGGCACACGCACCCCAUUCCCGAGUUUGGCGUACCAUCAGUGCGAGUAACGGAUGGACCAAAUGGUAUUCGAGGAACCAAAUUCUUCGCCGGCGUGCCUGCUGCUUGUCUACCAUGCGGAACAGCAUUGGGCGCCACCUGGGACCGAGAACUAUUGCGACGUGCGGGGGAGCUUCUCGGAGACGAAUGUAUAGCCAAGGGUGCACAUUGCUGGCUGGGUCCGACGGUGAACAUGCAACGGUCACCACUGGGAGGGCGAGGGUUCGAAUCCUUUUCCGAGGAUCCUUAUCUGGCGGGUGUUGCAGCGGCUUCGAUGAUCGGUGGAUGUGAGAGUAAAGGGAUUAUCGCCACCGUGAAACACUUCGUUGGCAAUGAUCAGGAGCAUGAACGUCGAGCGGUCGAUGUGAUUGUGACGCCGCGAGCCCUCCGCGAGAUAUACCUUCGGCCAUUCCAGAUUGUUGCUCGAGAUGCGAGACCGGGUGCCCUUAUGACGUCGUAUAACAAGGUGAAUGGGAAGCAUGUAGUGGAGGACUCGAAUAUGUACGAUCUAAUUCGCAAGGACUGGGGUUGGGACCCGCUGGUCAUGAGUGAUUGGUAUGGCACCUAUACGACAAUUGACUCGACAAACGCAGGACUGGACUUGGAGAUGCCUGGAGUAUCAAGGUAUAGGGGGAAAUACAUUGAGUCUGCAAUGCAGGCGCGGCUCAUUAAGUCGUCGACACUGGAUGCGCGGGCUCGUAAGGUCUUGGAAUUUGUGCAGCGGGCGAGCCGGACCAAGGUCUCAGAUGUUGAAAAAGGGCGUGAUUACCCGGAGGACCGCGCUCUGAUGCGUAAGCUCUGCUCAAACAGCAUUGUACUGCUCAAGAACGAAGGAAGCAUCCUUCCGAUCCCGAAGACGGUCAAGAAGAUUGCGCUCAUUGGCUCUCAUAUCAAGAUGCCAGCAAUAUCUGGCGGCGGCAGUGCAGCGCUCAAGCCGUACUAUGCGUCAACCCUGUAUGAUGCAGUAAGAGAGGCUCUUCCAAAUGCAGAGGUGGUAUUCGAGACGGGGGCGCAUGCCCACAACAUGCUCCCGGUGAUUGAUCGUCUACUAAGCAAUGCGGUUAUACACUUCUACAACGAGCCGAUGAGCAAGCCAGACCGCAAGUGCCUCGGGACCGAAACAGUUACCAGCACCACUUUUCAGUUCAUGGACUAUAAGCUUGCGGGGCUCAAUAGGGCACUUUUCUGGUCCACUUUGAUCGGCGAUUUCACGCCCGACCAGUCUGGUGUAUGGGACUUUGGGUUAACAGUCUUUGGAACCGCGAAUCUGUACAUUAAUGACAACCUGGUCAUUGACAACACAUCCAACCAGGUCAAGGGGACAAGUUUCUUCGGUAAAGGCACACGAGAGGAAACCGGUUCGUUGACGAUGACUGCUGGCCAGACGUACAAGAUCCGGAUCGAGUUUGGAUCGGCCAAUACAACCACGAUGAAGACCACUGGGAUGGUCAAUUUCGGUGGUGGCGCCGCCAACCUAGGGGCUUCUCUGCGCAUGGAUGCCGAAGAGAUGGUUAUUCGAGCCGUGAAAGCAGCCAAAGAGGCCGAUUACGCCGUUAUAUGCACCGGGCUAAACCAGGAUUGGGAGUCGGAAGGAUUUGACCGUUCGCAUAUGGACCUUCCUCCUGGCAUUGACAAGAUGAUAUCCCGCGUGCUUGAAAUAGCUGCGGACAAAACAGUGAUCGUCAACCAAUCCGGGACUCCCGUAACAAUGCCUUGGGAGAGCAAGGCCAAGUCAAUAGUCCACGCCUGGUAUGGAGGCAAUGAAACAGGACACGGAAUUGCCGAUGUGCUGCUUGGGGACGUAAACCCAUGCGGUAAACUCUCGUUGUCCUGGCCCAUCGAUGUGAAGCACAACCCAGCGUAUCUGAACUACGCCAGCGUCGGUGGUCGAGUGUUGUACGGCGAAGAUAUCUAUGUCGGGUACCGGUUCUAUGAGAAGACCGGUCGUGAGGUUUUAUUUCCUUUUGGUCAUGGCUUAUCAUAUACCACUUUUGCGGUAUCCCCGAGAGCCUCGAUCUUUCCCAAUACUUUCACACCGGAUAGCCCUCCGGCUGCAACGGUGUGGGUCAAGAACACUGGAAGGAUAGCCGGCGCGCAAGUGCUGCAGUUAUACGUGGCAGCACCCAAUAGCCCGACAUCCCGCCCGGCAAAAGAGCUGCAAGGCUUUGCAAAGGUGUUUCUGCAGCCCGGUGAAGAGAAGACGGUUGAAAUCAGGAUCGACAAAUACGCAACGAGUUUCUGGGACGAGAUCGAAGAAACGUGGAAAAGCGAAGCGGGCGUGUAUGAGGUGCUGAUUGGGUCGUCGAGCGAGGAGAUUAUUGCCUGUGGACAGUUCGAAGUCGACCGAACAAGACACUGGGGCGGCCUGUAG